UAGGGCUUCCGGUGCACAGGGUGGAGGGUGGAGCCCGCCGGCUUCGGCCCCAUAGUGCCCCGGUUGUCUUCCUGAAAUGAGUCUGGUGCUCAGAAACCUGCAGCGAGUUAUCCCCCUUCGGAGAGUGCCGCUCCGCCAGAGGAUGGAGGCAGUCAGGAGUAUUUUAGGGGUCCAGAAAUUCGACUUAGGGAUCAUCUGUGUUGACAACAAGAGUAUUCAGCACAUCAACAAGAUCUACAGACAGAAAAAUAUCCCAACUGAUGUGCUUUCUUUUCCAUUUCAUGAGAAUCUGAAAGCAGGUGAAAUUCCCCAGCCUGAUUUUCCAGAUGACUAUAAUCUGGGGGACAUUUUUCUAGGAGUGGAGUAUAUCUUCCAGCAGUGCAAAGAAAAUGAAGAUUACUAUGAUAUCCUGACUGUAACGGCCACCCAUGGGCUCUGUCAUCUGCUGGGCUUCACACAUAGCACAGAGGCCACGUGGCAGCAGAUGUACCAGAAGGAGAAGCAGGUUCUCGAGGAGCUGGGCCGGCGCACUGGGGCCAGACUCCAUCCCCUGAGCAGGAACCUCUUCUGAUAAUCACAGCCCGUGAUGCAGGUAGUACCUGAGGAACCCUCCAGAACACAGGGACAUUGUGGAUGGGAGUUGACCCCUCCCUUUGGGUCCCAAGGAUCAGAGGCUUCGCCAAACUGAGGGCCCUGCUGGUCAGAGCCCAAGCUGGGGCUAAAUUCCAUA